AUGGAUAUUUGACUGUGGUGGCUUCAUAAGCUGCUUAGCUUAAUAGCUUCACUGCUUGCUUACACCUACACAUUAACCCACCCAAUUCUUCAACACGUUCGUGCGCAAAAGCUUUCUCUCUCUAGCUUUUUUCAAUUUUUUCCUGCCCUCUUAAUUUUCUCUUUCCUAUUCUGCAUUGCUUGUUUUGAUUCGGAUUUUCUGGUACCUAGUGUGUCCAAACCUCCCCCCCUCCUCUCUCUCUCUCUCUAUCCUUUCCUUUUCAAAGCAUUAUUCGAUUUCGUCCUGACCUCUCUUUUCAACAUCCCAUUUAUGCAAAUUGCUAUUAUCUCUAUUUUCCCUUUUAUUUUUGGUUUUGAGCUCUGAGUUCUGGUUUUUGCUCUGCAUCUCUCUGAAACAGGAAGCAUUAGAAAUGAAGAAGUUUGUACUGAAGUUGGAUUUGCAUGAUGACAGAGCCAAGCAGAAGGCCCUGAAAACAGUCUCUACUCUUUCAGGUAUUGAUUCCAUCUCCAUGAACAUGAAGGAGAAGAAAUUAACGGUGAUCGGAAGUGUCGACCCGGUGACUGUGGUGAGCAAAUUGCGCAAGUAUUGGCAAACAGAUAUACUCUCAGUAGGACCAGCAGUAGAGCCUAAGAAAGAGGAACCAAAGAAGGAAGAACCCAAGAAAGAAGAAGAAGCAAAGAAGGAGGAACCCAAGAAAGAAGAAGCAAAGAAGGAGGAACCCAAGAAAGAAGAAGCAAAGAAGGAAGAGGAACCAAAGAAGGAGGAACCAAAGAAGGAGGAGCCAAAGAAAGAGCCAGAUCCUGUCUUAGAGCUUGUUAAGGCUUACAAAGCAUACAACCCCCAUCUGACCACAUAUUACUAUGUGCAAAGCAUGGAAGAGAAUCCAAAUGCUUGUGUUAUUUGCUAAACAACAAGCCAAGCUUUCCCAAAUCCCAGAUUAGGGACUCGAAAUCUUCCGAAUGCCGCUAGGAGGCCAAACCCAAGAAAAUAGGAGCUGCACUUUGUAUAUAGACGGUCAUGCCUCAUUGAAAUGUUCAAAACACUAGUAAUGUGUGUAGAUCAAAUAAAUGUAUUUAAAUUUUCUUUAUAGUUCUUCUGGUCUGUCUGUACCACAAGUGCUUUUCUUUGGAGCUUGAUAUGAGCUAACCAAUUGGUAAAGUUUUUUACUGUGGUAAAGAAAAUGGUAAAUAUCAUUUUCUUUUGUGUUGUGGUUUAAUCUUUGUAAGCAAGGGUAGCUCUCAUUUUCUCAGUGGGUCAUGUGGCUUUGUACUGGUUUCAGGUGUAUCUUUUGUCUUUGUGUGUGAGCUUAUGUUAUAAAUGAACUGAAGCCUCAUGGCCCUCCUCCUACCUUUGUGGCUGUCA